ACCACCACAAGUAAUCCUGUCUGUCCCCUUCCUCCUCAAGAAAACCCCAGACAGCCUCCGACGAUUUCCGAGCACCUCCAGUCGACGCCCCCGGUCUCCUCCUCCUCCGCAGGCCAACGCUGCCGCCGGCUCGCCUCCCUCACCGGCCAGAGCUCACGCGGCGUCCCCGUUCGUCCCUUCCCUGCCCACCCCUCGACCCACUCCUCCGGCGCGGGGAUCGAGCUCCGGCGCGGCGUUGGGAGCCAGAUCCUCGACCUCCAGAACGAUUAGGAUGGCUGAUGAUGCUGCACCUAGUGGUUCGACCGUGAAGGCUGGCGGUGAUGAUCCAGAACCUACUAUCGAGAUCAACAUCAAGACCCUGGACUCGCAAGUGCACAAGCUCCGUGUUCAGAAGAAUGAGACAGUUUUGAACCUGAAAGAGAAGAUAGUGGAUGCAGCCGGGAUUCCUGUGGACCAGCAAAGGUUGAUUUUUAGGGGAAGAGUCUUAAAGGAUGAUCACCUCUUGUCAGAAUACCAUUUGGAAGAUGGAUAUACAUUGCAUUUAGUUGCUCGACGUACUGCUGAGGGCCAACAUUCUUCUGGCACAUCUGAAGAAGGCACCCAUGGUAAUGUUAAUGUUGCUGCGAAUGGAGGAAUGCUAGGAGAUAUGUCCAGGGAAUUUAUAGAUGAUUUGCUUUCUGAAGGGACAAUAGGUGACCUUGCUAGGACUGUUCGGGAUAUUCUUGGCUCGUUAGGUCUUGAGAUGCCUGGUGGUGUGGUGAAUGGUGCAUUCUCGGUGCCAUUAACCACUGCACCAGAAGGGGCCAGUAAUGUUGGAAGAACUCAGCCAGGGAACCCAGCACAACCUGGUUUCUCAAUCCAUGUGUCACAGCUUCAACCAGGAGGGGCUAUUCCUCGGAACAUGGUUAUUCCUGAUUCCAUGGCAACAAUUGUGGAGUACAUCAAUCGCAUGGACCUACUAUUGCAGAACAAUGGUGUUCCUUCUGUGGAGUCAAUUGCUCGGCCACCAAGUUCAGAGGAUGCUUAUUUAAACGGAAGAUUUCCAAGUCCCGACGUGCUGGUUUCAGUCAUUGAGAGAACCCAGCAACUUCUUGGUGGCAGUGCUUCUUCUGCUCUUUCUCAUCUUGCACACCGUAUUCAGAGAGAUGCUGCCACUAGUGAUACAGCUAUACGAAGCCAGAUCCAGAAUGAAUCGGCUCAGUUGGGAGCAGCAAUGCAGCAUCUGGGGGCUAUGCUUUUGGAGCUUGGACGGACAAUGAUGAUGCUUAGAAUGGGGGCAUCUCCUGAUAAUGCUUUUGUAAAUGCUGGGUCUGCUAUUUAUAUAAACCCUGCAGGACCAAAUCCAAUCAUGGUUCAGCCAUCUUUCCAGAGUGCCCCUCAUUUUGGAGUUUCCAGCAUACCAGUUUUGAGUGGAGUUUCUGGUCAAUUUGGUAUUGUUGAUCCUUCUCGAACAUCUGGUGUCAAUGUUUACGGUGGUGCUUCUGCAACAAAUGGCACGUCUGUUGGUUCAACCACUGCUUCCGCAACUACUGUUGAUGGGGCCCGCCAAAAUGUAGAAAGAACUCAAGGAGGAAACUCAUCAGCUAACUCAACACCUGGAUUGCCAACAAGAACAGUUGUUGCAGCUAUUCCGGCACGGUCCUCAGCUGACGCUCCAAACCAUGUCCUAGGUGUUAUCCUUCCUGUUCAAGUGAGAAGUCAAGUAGCAGCGCCUAAUCAGUCAACUGUUUCUCAAGGUUCCCAAGCUGCAGUGGGCAAUGGAUCUCAACCAAAUGCAACAUUUGUUGUUCCACAAGCUUCUUCAGGUGGUGUUGCUAACAUUUCUUCUAUAGUGGCACAGAUAACUGCACAGGUAGCCAAUGCAAUGGCUGCAAACCAACCAGGCCAGGUCUCAUCAUCUGUGCAAAACGCAGCAGAUCAGGGGGCUCACCCAACCACAAACAAUGGAGAUGGUACUGUGAGUUCUGAGGCAUCAAGAAAUAUGCAACUCCAGAAUGAGAUCCUGAGUUCUCAGCAGGCAGAAACUCCACUGAAUGUCCAAUCUCAUGUAACUGCCACAGGUACAUUGCAGUCAAAUACAUCUGAUCCCAAUUUAUCUGCACAAGCUAGCAGCACUGCAAAUGUUUUUUUCAGUGUCGAUAGUACUCAAGAACAGUCACAAAUGGAAGGUAUCAAUGUGGAUAGCAGUAGGAGCUAUUCUGAGGAAUUGGCAGCAGCCUUAGCUGGACAGGACAUCUUAGUAGAACAUGCACGUGAUAUUCCUUUGAGCGCAGCAGCAGAAAAUUCCGAGCUGAAGAACAAGCCCUCAGAUGGAGUAACAGGAGAGUCUGUUAAACCUAGUGCAAGCGGCAGGUCUGAACCGCUAGGUCUUGGUGGAGGUCUUCAGCCUAAGAGGCGGAGCAAAAUUUCAAAGCCAUCUGGGACUAGCGGUGAUUCUAGUGAACCCCUUAAUACCUCUUCUGUCCCCAGAAGCCAAGAAGCUGUUUCGGCGGGUCAGCAGAUUCUGCAAGCCCUUGCUUCAAGUAAUGCUGAUGUAAGGAAUGGCAGUGUUGCGGAUACUCGCCCUCCAUCCUCGAUGCCUCAGUUUGCUGGUGGAAUGCCUCCGAGAAGACCAGGUGGUGAAGGACAGCUCGAUAUUGGCAGCAUGUUAUCUAGUGUUCUCAACAGUCCGGUUUUUGGCAAUCUAAUGUCAAAUGUAGCAGCUCAAACAGGACUAGAAUCGCCGGCUGAUGUGCGGAACAUAAUGGAAGACUUGACACAGAACCCUGCAAUGAUGGAUACUAUAAGCAAUAUAGUGCAAAAUGCAGAUGGGCCACGAAGGGGCCAAGGCGGCGGCUUUGACUUAUCUAGAAUGAUGCAGCAAAUGAUGCCAGUUGUAUCACAAGUUCUUGGUGGAGCUGCAGCUCGUCCUGCUGGUACAGAUGGUGGAGAGUCAGGACUGCAGCCUGGCAGAAGGGCUCAGAUUGAUCUUCACCAAGCCCGUGAACGCAUCGAGCAACAUGAGUCCCCUGAGGAUAUCUUUGGUGCUGUCCUUGAAACAGCUGCUCAGGCCUAUGGUGAAGACGAGACCAUACAGGUCAUGCUCGAAGAACUUGCCAGUGAUCCAGAGCUUGCCGACGACUACUUGAAGCUUCUGAUCGAACAAGUUGGCGAGAGGGUACAGUCAGAAUCCGAGACCGAGAAGCAGCCGUGAAGCGCGGCAUGGGGAGUGAUCCAGCAAGGGGGGGGACAUAGAUUACAGGAGACUCGGUUAACACUACGGUAAACCAGACCGUUCUCGCCGCUGCGCACUAACUUUUUGAACAAGGACAUGCAGAGACCAGACAGCGUUGUUUGGGCAUGGUGGUUUAACCUGAGAAACCGUUUGCGGAUGUCGGAAUCGGUUCGGGCAUCGCGAAUGUUAUACUGGCAGAUUUGGGUUUACUUUAUGACUCCGGAGUUGAGCAUCACCUUUUUUUUAUCUGUUAUCUAUAUGUACAGUCAUAUGCCGGUUGAAUUCGUUAUAUUUAUCUGCCAAUUUGAAUUCUGGGGAUGUGAUUCUUGUUUCA